GGUGUGAGCGAGCUCUGAUUGGCUAAUGGUCGUUUCCGGUUGCAGCGCUCCUCAUUUGAAAAGUGUUCGGUAAUGCUUUGAGUUCGCCAUUGUUAAAAGACAGCGUCCGCAAUGUUGCUAAAAGUGAAACUUGCGGCAUAACAAAGGUUUUAAACAAGGAGUCCCCAGUAAUAUCGGAGUUCCGACAUGGCUCAGCGUGUGGCGGUCCCAGAUGGAGCGAACAAGAAGACGUCCAGGGUUCGCGUGGCGGUUCGUCUGCGACCCUAUAUGGACAAUCAAGAUGAGAAAGACUUAGGACCGUGUGUAAGAGGGCUGGACUCUCAGAACCUGGAAAUAAUUAACUGGAGAAAUGCUACAGAAACCGUCAAAUACCAUUUCGAUGCUUUUCAUGGUGAACAAACGACACAGCAAGAAGUUUUCCUUUCGUCAGUGAAGCCCAUUCUACCACACAUACUGAAGGGACAAAAUGCCAGUGUCUUUGCCUAUGGACCAACAGGAGCUGGUAAGACCCACACCAUGAUGGGCAGUUCAGAUCAGCCAGGGGUGAUCCCUCGAGCUGUUGGCGAGGUCUUCAAGCUGGUCAAAGCUAAGGAUGAGGAUGAAGGAUGGGACUACAGCAUUGGCAUGUCUUAUUUGGAAAUUUACAAUGAGAAGGUGCUAGAUCUUCUAUCACCAAGCUCCCAGGAUUUGCCAAUCAGAGAGGACAAAGACAAGAACAUCUUGAUCCCUGGCCUCACUCUCACAACCAUCUCCUCCUUCUCAGAGUUUGACAAACACUUUGUCCCUGCCAGCCUUAAUCGUACUACAGCUUCUACCAAACUAAACCAGCGCUCCAGCCGCAGCCAUGCUGUUCUCCUCAUCAAGGUUGUACGGACUCAGCGCGUCCUGCCCCACAGACAACUGACAGGAAAGCUGUACUUAAUCGACCUCGCUGGGUCUGAAGACAACCGUCGCACCGGCAACCAGGGCAUCCGCCUAAAAGAGAGCGGAGCCAUCAACCUGUCUCUCUUCACUCUCAGCAAGGUUGUGGACUCUCUGAACUCUGGCACUGCUGUCCGCGUGCCUUACAGAGACAGUAAAUUGACACGGCUGCUACAGGACUCUUUGGGUGGCUCGGCGCACUCCGUCAUGAUCACCAAUAUUGCACCCGAGUACAAAUACUAUUUUGAUACGUUUAAUGCGCUCAACUUUGCCUCCAAAUCCAAACUCAUUGUGAACAAACCCUUCACCUGUGAAACUGUGGCUGUGCUGCCAGUGAAGCGAGCCAAAGAAGACCACAAGGCAGGGGUGUCCGGCACUGAGCCACCAAAGAAGAGGCACAAAGGCGACCGGAAAACUGAACAGGAUGGUUCCUCACCAUGUGCAGAUUUUCACAGUCCGUCAGAACCGUCGGUGAUGGACAGACUAGUAGCUCUGGAGAAGCUGAUGAUGAACUGCCAGGACAAAGAUAAGCUCAGCAUGCUGAGUGUGGCUCAGUCUCGCAAGGAGAUCCAGGAGCUCAAGGAGAAGCAUAGGGAGUUUGAGAGCAAGGCCAUGCUGUUCAGUCGGUUAGCUGGAGAAAAGUCCAGUGCCAAACCGGAGCCUGCUUUCAGUAACAACAAUGCACCUCUGCAAAGAAAACAGUCAAAUGCCACUAACGCCAAGAAGCAGCAGGCCGUGGUCCAGCCCCUUCAAGUGUCCCAGUUCCAGCCUCUUCAGCAGCUUGCCGUCGUCAAAAAACAGUCAGUCUGCGUUAAGAAGGAGAGGAAGAUUUCAGACCCAGUUGAGCCUCCAGAUGGUAAAGAGAACAGCUGGGAGUUGCAACUCGAGACAUCUGUGUUGGAGCACUCCAGGCAGAAAAUCCUGCACAUUCUGAAUACCGGCUCGCUCAAGGAGCUGAAGGGCCUGCAGCAGAUCGGAGACAAGAAGGCAAAGCUCAUCCUGGGCUGGAGGGAGAUCCACGGUCACUUCAUGAAGUUGGAAGAUGUAGUGAAAGUUGAGGGUAUGACAGGAAAGAGAUUUUCCACCUUCAUGAAGGCAAACAUCCUGAGUGCCAUGGGAAAGUGAAUGUUUAUUUUUUUGUCUUUUUAAAUUUUUUAUCACACCACAUCUAAUGUAUUUCUAUAUCUGAAGUUUUUCUGUCAUUUAUGCUUCGAUUUAGGAUAUUUUUGUAGUUACCACUGUGUACCAGCUGAUGGCGCACCCCUGCUUUUAAAUAAAUGUGUCAUUGAAUGUUGGUGUUUAUUUUCAUGAUCAUAAAUAAAUCUGAUGGUCUCCUUCACAUGUGA